AUUAUUUUUUUUUCUCUUCGCUUCUGGUCCUAUCCGUCUCUUUUCUCCUUCGGCGAUGAAGCUGCCGGACUGCGAAAUUUCCAAAUCACGCAAGAUUCCCACCGACUAUACUGUCAGACAUCGCGUCUUCGUGGAUAGAGAAAGUCAGGCCUGCGCCCACAGGUCGCCGAGUUGUGUAUGAUGCGGUCGGGUCUCCAGAAACCUGGGGCCAUUCCGUUUCUCGCUCUCUUGAUCUUUUCGUUGCUGAGCCUAGUACCGUCAUUGGCGAAGGAAUGGGACUAUCUUCUGCCUUUCGGGCACAUUGGAUAUCUCCGCAGUGAACCUCGAUAUGUUUCCCGGGAUAAGGCUGGCUUGGUCGAUGCGCGACCACGAUUACGAAUGGUGGGUGGACAACCAAGGCCGUGGUCAUUGGAGGAAGAUCGUUCGACUUACCUCGAUCGGAAAUCCCGGCCACGACGUCCGCUCACGGAUGCGCCUCCCCGGAGCUCAUUUGAAGCGGCGGCGAUCCUCGAUAGUGAUCCAAUGACAUAUACAGUUCAAGAGUCGUCGGCCUUCAGGCGCGGUGUACGUGCCUUCAAGGCAUUGGUCACCCGGCAAACAGACGACCCGCAAGCCGUUCCUUCCUUUCCUUCUGACAGCGACGCCCCUGUAACGGAUCAAACAUCACCGCACCUUGGUCUGCACCAUGCAAACACCUCAGUCCAUCUGACGCCUCCGCACAACGAGGAUUUUCACCUAUUGGCAUCUGGUAAUGAAGGAGGAGGGCGUACGAUGCUCGACACGACAAAACUUGUUGAAUUGCGGAGGUGGUUCUUAUCAUGUGUUCUAACCUCAUGGCAGCAGGCCUGCCGUGUUGGUAACGACUAUAUAGAAACCGUCGUAGGCCGCCAGGGGCUCCGAAAUACCGCCGCAACAACAUCUUCUAAGUGCUCGGAAAUAAUGAACUCGGAUGGUUCCCCUCAGCCUUGGGAUCCACUGAACGAAUCUCAUACGAAACAUGCCGUGCCCCCAGCAUUGGCACCAGACGAGACCCAGCAGCAGGCCGAUGCGCAAGAACCAUCUGCACUAACCCAAACAAUCGAUGCGUUCGUGCAGGCCACUACCGCUCCGACCGCGACGUUGACUGCUACGGAGCAGUCCAAGGUUGUUGAACAUCAAGCUGAACCGGAGCGGGUGCGCAGUGGCAGCUGUAUGGCCAUUGUGCUUGCAAUAGUCGCUGGCGUCAUGUGGUUUUAGUUCUGCUGGUACG